AUGUCCAAGACAACUGAAACCACAAAGUUCCCUCUCUUGGGUGAGGACAACUAUGGCGAGUGGGCGAUCUGGAUGGAAGCGGAGCUGAUCAGGAAGGAGCUGUGGGAGGUGAUGAUGAUUGAAACAUCGCCACCGACAGAUGCGACGGAGAUGGAGGCAGCAGUGUGGCUGGAGGCAGAAAAGGCCAAGCGCUUGAUGACCAAGAUGGCGAAAGCAUGGGUGGAAAUGGUGCUGCGGCGAUGCUUCUACAAGGUGGUGAAGGGCCCUGACGAGGUGAUGUCGGCGUGGAUCGAGCGGGUGAAGAAAAUGGCCACAGAUCUGGAAUCCACCGGGGUAAAAGUAGAAGAAGAGGACAUGGUGUUGGGACUCACCAUGGGCCUUGGAGAACACUAUGACCAGCUCAUAGUCACGCUCGACUCGAUCCCACCCGAACAGCUUACUGUCGCAAAUGUUACAGUGAGACUUCUGAAUGAGAAGACCUGCCAGAAGAAUAUGGAGGAUGACCGGGAUGCGGUGGCCAUGAUGGCUAAGGCUGGGAAAGGGAAGUGGAAGGUGGCUGCAGGGGGGUGA